AUGGUCAAGCAAUCGAAGCCGUCGGCAGAGACGGCCGACGUGCUGAUCGUGGGCGCAGGCCCAUCCGGAUUGAUGGCCUCGCUCUGUCUCCACACCUUUGGUCUCUCCGUCCUCCACAUCGACAAUCGGCCCGAACCUACGAGCGCUGGAAGAGCCGAUGGGAUCCAGCCACGGACUUUAGAGCCUCCUCCCGUCGACCAUUUGACCGGAAAUUCGACCCUAGGAAUCGCAAAGAAUCUGAUUGCACGGGGCGUGCGAGUUUACGAGGUCUCUUUCUGGGAUCCAACCCCUGAUAAACCCUUAGCAAGAACCUCGCGGGCAAGAUCGUGUCCAGAUUUCAUUGAUGUCCGGGACCGCUAUACGCUGCUUCUACAUCAGGGUAUAAUCGAGCGAGAAUUCCUGGCGGAGAUAUCGGCGCGGGCGCCGAAUUCGGGCGUGUUGAGGCCGGUGGAAUUCGUGAGCUGUCGUCAGACCGUAGACGGUGAAGAGCCCACGGACUAUCCGAUCGAGGCGAUUGUCAAGACGGGAGACGGCACGGAGAAGCGGAUCCGAUCCAAGUAUCUACUGGGCUGCGACGGCGCUAAGAGCGAUGUCAGGAAGUCUUUGGGCGGCGGGAUCAGAUUGGAGGGCGAGGGAACUCAUAUCGUAUGGGGUGUCAUGGAUUGUUGGGUCCAAUCUGACUUCCCCGACUUGAAGCUGAAAUGCUUGAUUCAUUCAAGACACGACGGCUCCAUCAUGGUGAUCCCUCGGGAAAAUAACCUGGUCAGGUUUUACGUCCAACUGCUCAACGAGGAUUCGGAAUCCGCGAGAAACACCGCUACGCUGGCUAUCUGUCAAGAACAAGCACGCAAAAUCUUCCAUCCGUACACCUUAACCUUUGGCGAUACCGAUUGGUUCAGCAUCUAUAAAAUCGGCCAACGAUUGGCCAACACAUAUACUUUGGACGGUCGGAUUAUUCUGGGUGGAGAUGCGGUGCAUACUCAUAGUCCCAAGGCUGGCCAAGGUAUGAACAUUUCGAUGCUGGACAUGUUUUCGCUAGCAUGGAAGAUCAACUUGGUCGAGAAGGGUAUCGGGAAGAGAGAGACCAUCAUGGAGACGUAUGAGCAAGAACGUCGAGGGAUCGCUCAAGAACUGAUGAGUUUCGACGCCGAAUAUAGUAAACUGUUCUCUGGGCGAGGAGCCAAAAUUGAGAAUCUGGACAAAACUCAGACAGCGAAUGGCUUCGAGGUAGAUCCUCAACGGUUUAUUGAGCUCUUCAAGCAAAAUGCUUAUUUCACCUCGGGCUGUGGGGCGGUCUACCCUUCGAACGUGUUCAACGCUCAAGCCGAUUCGGAGAUAUUCAAAGGCCGAGAGGAGUGCAGGAUAGAGGGCGGGAUCCGUGCGGGUGAAAGACUAUUGACGGGGGAUGCGAUCCGAGUGAUCGACGGGAACCCGGUGCGGAUCGAGCAAGAGAUCAGGAUGGAUGGCGCGUUCCGGAUCUACAUCUUCCUCGGCGCUCUGUCCGCCGGCACACGCUUGAACCAUCUCGAUGGGAGCCGGUGCUUCUUGAACAGGUUCCGGCCCGCUAACGGCCGUCCUUGUUCCCGUUUCGACCCCCAACGUCCUGGCCCAAAUCCGUUCUUCUCCCUCCUGCUCAUCACCUCCCGCUCUAGAGACGAGUGGGAUAUCGCAGACUUGCCGCCCUUGUUCUCCGGCCCUUACUCCUCCCAGGUCUAUGUUGAUGAUAUUGCCAACACGAUGGCUGGUGUCGGAUCGCCCAUUACAACAUGCUCCUUGCAUGCCAAGUAUGGCUUCGGUGAGGGCGAAGGCGGCGGCGGAAUCAUCGUCGUCAGGCCGGAUGGCUACGUCGGCGCCGUCGUUAGUCUCAGCGAACAAGGUUGGAUGACAGUCGAAAAAUACUUCGAAGGCUUCCUCAUCGAGUCCGGGGCUUGA